UCCUCGGCCAUCGCAUCCUACAAAGAUACGUCCUGGAUUCCCUCAAAUUCCGCACCCAAUUCCUCUCACUCCCAAUGGCAAAUCCUUACCGAUCAAGCGAAGGUCUUAGUGCGAGACAGGGCGCUAAUUCGGAUGAAAUCCAACUGAGGAUUGAUCCAGUGCAUGGAGACCUCGACGAGGAGAUCUCGGGUCUUCAUUCACAAGUCAGACGUCUUAAAAGUGUAGCUCAAGAGAUUGAAGCAGAAACAAAAAUUCAGAAUGAUAUCCUCUCUGAUUUGCAAAUGGCAAUAAGUCAAGCUGGGGCAGGGGUGAAAAAUGGCAUGAAGAGGUUGAAUAGAACCAUCACCCAGCAGAGCUCAAAUCAUAUCUUGCAAGUGAUUGUUUUUGGACUACUUUGUUUCAGUAUAGUCUACCUAUGGUCCAAGCUAGUUAGAAGGUGAGGACCUAGUUUACUCCAAAAGAGAGGAGCUGCCAUUCAUGAAUUAGAAGGGUCUUCUGUGGUCAUCAACGUAAUAUCCAGGUGUUAUGAUACAAGUUGUAUCGUAAAUCCUUCUUUGUAGUUAUAGUUGUGACUUGUGAAGCUCUUUUUGACGAAAGGUUUGAGAUUUUUUUUCUCCCAUGCGCAAUAUAUGCAUGUUUUCAAUAUUCUCCAACAUUCUCACAUUAUGCUUUGAGCCACAUCUAAAGCGAAAGGCUGAGAAUACAUUUAUAUGUAUAUGGAGCCUUGUCUCUGUUCACCUUUUGGUUAUUUUUAGGAUACCAUGGUAUUGUUAAUUUGAUCCCUAAAGAAGGGAAUCCUUACUUUUGUAGGAAUGACUUUCAUAUCAUGAAUAGAUUUUUUCUACUUUGGAAAUAUGCACGCCAUGAUGAAUGUCAACAAUGUGACGCUGCUAAUGUAUGAUUUGAAUCUUUUUAUUUAAGAAUUGGGCAUCUAAUACAAGGCGUGAUCGGAGGAUGUUAUCAUUU